AUGGGUCCAAUGCUGUCGGAUGCUGAAAAGUUACAUCUAUGAUCCGACCGCUCCGGUGGACGUCCACGGCAGGAAGAGGGACCUGGCUGAGAGCUCUCUCUACCAGUCCCACCACCUACCAGGAGACAGCGGGAACCAGUUCAACAUCAAGCAGAACCAGGGCUUCCACAACCUGGGCUUCAGCAACAAGUACACCGAAAGAGGAGGUGGCGGAAGCCUCAAGCUGGAGAUCGACAACAACCACAUCAACAAGCUCCACGCCGUGCCCACCAACCCAGAGAGUGAGUUGGGCACGGGGCAGGCGGCCAAGCCUCGUGUGGGGGAGGGUGGUGGGGGUCUAUAUAUCCUCCAUCCAGAGGGCCAGGUGCCAAGACGAGAUCCAUCCAAGGGCCUCAAUCUAGUCCGAGUCUCUCCCAACACACCCUCCCUGGAUCUUACUCUCAAUCUGACCCACUCGGGUGACACUGACUCUCACCCAGACAAGAAUAGGAUGGUCCGGAACUUCUCGGACCGCGUCAUCGGGGACAGGUAUGGGGUGGGGUGCAACACCUCAUCAGUGGAUGAGCUGGACGAGGGGGUGGGAGGCACGGCGGAGUACCUGGGCGACACGGGAGAUGAGCAGAGUGUCCUGUCUGCGGACAUUCAAACCAGUACGACUAGCCUGUCCUCGGCAGACACAAACGACGAUAGGGAGGCGCCGGACGCCACUACCACAGAGAAUGGGAUCGGGAUCUCAGUGAAGAAGAGCGAGGAUGAGGGUAAGGCAGGGGAAGACGAUGACGUGCAGAGCGUCACAGACUCUAUGGUGGCGGAAGCUCUGGCAGCUCUAGAGGCAGCAACGGCCGGGGAGGACUAUGAGGACUAACUGUUAAAAACCCUCUUAAAAAGUCCAAAAAACACAAUCUAACAUUGAUAACUAUUCAGCUUCAAUAUCUGAUGGGGCCGAACGAGGAGAUUCUGAUGUAUCUUUUAACAUGUCCCAGGGGUAUAUCAAUGUUGUCUGUACUCUCAGGAGAAGGAGAGAAGACUCUUGGCGCGCGACUGUGAAUAUUCCCUCUGUCCUGCUCCCCAACAUAUGGUACAUAUUAAACUUCCUGGUCUUCAGCUGUACAAUCUACAUUUCUAUGUUCCACCAAUACAGCUUCUAGAACUUCUAUCUCUAUAUUCUGUCCUAUAAAAUGCAGCUCUGCACUGCUUCUAGAACUUGUAUCGCUGUAUUCUGUUCUAUAUUCUGUUCUAUUCAGUGGGCAUACAGUACUUGCCAUGGCUUUGUUUUGUCUUCAGGGAGCUUACUGUGCUUCAUUAUAUAAACACGUUGACAGGUCAUCUCCAGCUACCUAUUGGUGUAUCGUAUCCAUGUUGUUGUUUACCUGUUUUACUAUGUUAUUUAUAUAAUGACUGGUUGGCCCAGACUUUUCUGGUUCAAUACAUGUCCGAGAUAGCUUGUCAGGGUCUGUUUAGCUAAGAUUCCACUCCUUUCGCAAUGACACGGUGCAAGGAGUGCAAUGUUAGCUAAACAGACUGGUACCCAGUCAGAGACAUUCCCCAAACGUUGGGGAGGAGAGCAGACAUGAUAAAGACCAUAGAGAGAGUUAGUCACAGGGGUUGUUGUUGACGUUAGUUCACUUUACAACCUCCCAUUGUGGAGCAUACUGGGCUGACCUCAUGAGACCUUACGACAGGAAGUAGGUAUAUAUCACAGAUAUACGUAGCAUCUCUGUAUAUCCUGUUUUCCCUCGAAUGUAAACAUUCCACAUUUGUGAAGGGUCUUUGUUUCAAUGAAGAAAAAUUAUAUUGAUUUAUUUUUUUAUCGGGACUAUCCUUUUAAAGUCUUUGUUUGUUUGCCAAAAUCAUUUCUAUUCAAAUGUAUAUGUACAUAAAAUGCAUUUAGAAGUUUAAUUUGCUAUGUACUGCCAAGAAGCCUUAAAUUAUUUUUAAAUCAAAUCAAAGCACAGAUGUUUUCAGGGGCACAAUAUAAAAUAAAGAAAAUAAUUGACCAUG